GCAGGUGCUGCCCCAUGCCAGGAGCCCCCAAGGGGCCACACAGCAGGUGCUGCCCCCGGCCAGGAGCCCCCAAGAGGCCACACAGCAGGUGCUGCCCCAUGCCAGGAGCCCCCAAGGGGCCACACAGCAGGCCAGGUGCCUUCCCUUCCCUCGGGUUGUAGGCUACUUUCCUUCCUUGGCGACAUGCACUGCCUCUGUCUCCGGCUCUGAGCAGCCUGCCCUGUGUCACAGCCUGCAGCCACUGUCUCCCUUCCCUUCCUCUGUCCCGGUGUGCAUUUCCGGAUCGGCUCUGUUUAUUACCCAUGUCCUACUGUCAUUCAGGUGUUAGGGAGAGCUGUAAGGUGCACCACUUCCUACGUUUGGUUUGUUACCUUGCUUUGGGUUCUGGGUCAGGCAGGGAGGUGGCAGACGCCCUGAAAUUGGACCUUGAGCUGGCAGUGCUGUGUCGCUGUGGGGGCUCCGAGCUGGCAGAUUGCGGGCCCAGGGCCGCGAAGUAACUGUCAUCUUUGUUUCUGGAAAGCCGAGUUGUUCCUGCACAUUCAGGAUGAAGUAGAGGGGACAGAGCCGCUUGCUGCGGACCCCAGACUGUGACGGACCUGGGGGACCGCGCGGGAGAUGCCGCAGGGACCGCUGGCACAGCGCCCAGGCAUUAGGGCACCCUGAGGCAGGGGCGUGGCUCAGCCCUGAGGCGUCCUCCUGGCUGUGAACUCGAGAUGGUGGUUCCCAGGGUAGACUAGUGUGGGGCAGAUCCUCGCCUGACCCCAGGUGUCCUCGGGAGGCGGGAAGGCUGGCAGUGGUGGAAGGCUGGCAGUGGUGGCAUGCAGUGUCCUUCGAGUGUCCCGCAACCCCGUCUUUGUGCCCUUGGCCGCACUAGCACGCCUCACCGAGCCCGUGCCGUCCAGCUCACAGGUGAGGUGCGGUGUUCAGCACGCCUGAGAGCCCGCAGCUGCUCAGCCGCCGCGCAGGACGCCGCCGGUGCCACAUCAGCCAAGACAGCAUGCCAGGCUUCCUCAUCACACAAGGCCAUAGACAGACGGUCCUCCAAGAAGUUCAAGUGUGACAAAGGCCAUCUUGUGAAAUCAGAAUUACAGAAACUCGCCCCCCAAAAUGAUGGUGCUUCCUUGCCCAAAAUGGCACCGGGGACCCCUCCGGAGUCUGAGUUCGCUGGGGACAGUGCAGCGCUGGCGGGCCCCGCGACUGAUGCCGCUGGCCACGAGGAGGUGGCCGGGCUGCCACUUAGUCCCCGUUCAGCCCAGACUGCGGACGACCCAUCCAGGCCGCAGCCUGGGGCUGCGCCCGGCCACGAAGAUGCCCAGGGCUGCUGCGCCCCCCAGGCCGAGCCCGGGCCGGAGACAGAGGCUGCCCGGGCCCCAGGGCUGGCCAUGGACAACAGUGUCUUCCUAGAUGAGGACAGUAACCAGCCGCUGCCCGUGAGCCGCUUCUUCGGCAACGUGGAGCUCAUGCAGGACCUGCCACCAGCGUCUUCCUCGUGCCCCUCCAUGAGCAGGCGAGAGUUCAGGAAAAUGCAUUUCAGAGCCAAGGAGGACGAGGAGGAGGAUGGCGCUGACGGGUAGAGGACACGCCCACCCGGUGCCAAGCAGACAGCGUCUGCCUGAGAGUGUAGUGAGGCCUUGGGACCAGCCGGGGCAGCAUGCGGGGACAGCUGGGCGUUGCUGGCCAUGCCAACGUCACAGCCUGCUCCUGUGCUCAUCCAGGAUGACCUGGCCGGCUCCGAGACAGCUUUCAGUAAGCGAGGCCUUAAUGAAAAUGAGCCCCUCUGCGGAAGCGCGUCAGUUUUAUAAUAUGCAGAUGUAUUUUUCAUGAUCUGAGUUUGAUCAUUCAUGUGAUCGAUGCUGUGCCAAUGAUUAAAGGACUUGCUUUUAUUUCUGUAUAGGAAGUUAACAUUUGCCCUGGAAUUUUGCAAACUACUUAUGAGAAAGAAAUAAAAUUAUUUUGGAAA